AUAUGAUGUAUUAACAUAAUUAAUUACCUCUUAGUUUUACUAAUCACAAUUUACACACCUUAUAAAUGGGAGUUUUGUGACCUUUCUCCAAGUUUGGGUGAUGGAGUUAAUCAAAACUGAGAGAUGAGAUACAUGAACGAGAGAACAGAGAUGGGAAGAAGAAGAGGGAAAGAAUCAAAAUCAUACACACUUCCUUCAUCACCUUCUCACUCAUUCUCCUCUUCUUCGUCUUCAGAUUUCGAAUUCACAAUCUCAAUCUCACCGCGCAAAUCCUCCACCGCACUCUGCCCCGCCGAUGAACUCUUCUACAAGGGUCAACUCCUCCCUCUCCACCUCUCCCAGCGCAUCUCCAUGGUCCGCACGCUCCUCCUCUCCUCCGCCAGCACCUCCUCCACCUCCACUGCCGCACGCGACUCUACCGGCAGCAGCUCCAACGACUCUCACUCCUCCUUCACCAGCGACCUUGCACUUUUUCCCGACUGCGACUCUUCUCGUCCUAGCUCCGUAACAGAGGAAGAUGAGUUCAAGCGCCUCAAUAACAGUACCGGUAACAGUAACAACAGCAACAACCACCCCUGUUCCAUCUCCAAGAAGUCUCAUAAGUUCUUUUUCUCCAGAUUCUCCUCCGUUUUCCGCAAGGAAAACAACCUACAAGCCAAAACCCGUGACCUAGACAGUGCCUCUGCUAACUCCUCGGUGAAGCGGAUGAGCGUCACCGCCAGGGAGGUUAUCAGGAAGUAUUUUAAGAAGGUCAAGCCUCUCUACGAGAAGCUCUCCCAGAAACAGCAGAGGUCCGGGCAGUUAAACACGGCGGAGGGUGCAAGUGCAGUAACAACGACUUCUGUUUUUUCUCUUUUAACUAAGACCGAGAGAUCUACCAAACUCUCGGAAGGUACCAAGACAGGGAGAAAAGAGAGUGUGAGUGCUCUUUCUCAUUCUUUCUCGGGAAAUCUCAGAUAUCCUAGAAGAAGAAGCUGUGUUUCUAGUUGUCCUUCUUCCAUGAGAUCAUCGCCCAAUCACUCCGGUGUUCUUUCUCAACGAGGUGCUGCUGCUGCUGCUAUGUACUGUGGAGACACUUCUUCUAUGGAAGAGUUGCAGAGCGCGAUCCAAGGAGCCAUAGCCCAUUGCAAGAACUCUUUGAUUCAGAGCAAAACGAUGGUCAGUAACGAAAUCUAAAUCUAAAUCUAAAUCUAAUCUAAUAAAGUCAAGUCAAAUCCAUGCAGUUUCUUUCUUCCCAGCUCUUUCCAUUCCGUUGUCAAUGUUCAAAAUCCAUGUUCCAUCAGAUGAAUUAAUUAACCACAAGGUUUGGUCAAUAAUCAGAAAAUAUUUUCUUUUACCUUGAACUAUUUACUUGCGGUGGGGUGAAGUUAGAAAUUUGCAAUGUGACUAUAUUUUAAGAGUUCCAUUUAAAUUUGGCAACAAAGAUGAACAUGGAAAAGGGAACAAGUUAUUAUUUGACUGCCAUUGUAGCCUUGGAAAUUUGAAAAGUUAUGGUCUGUAUAAUUUAUUGCAUAACAGUGACUUGGCUCUAGUUGUAGUAAUUGCUCUGCAAAGCUAAAUUGGCACCAUGUGGCUUGGAGUUUUAUUGAGAUGAGAUUCCAUUUGUAACGUUACCUGAGCUAGCUACCUUCACAAAAUAAUUUUCGAUUACCUAGCAUCAUCAUCAUAAUAAUAAUUUCAUAUUUCUAUCCCGAAA